GUGCAAGGGGGGGGGGUGGGGACACGCACCCUCACACACACGCUCAGCGAGAAGUUUGCCCUUCCUUUGCAAGAAGCUGGCGGCCUUGGCCCAGGUGGCGCGGGAGAGCUGCUGCUGCUGCUGGGUUGCACAUUCAAGUGGAAAAUUUUCGGGAGUCAGCAGAAACAUUGUAUCCAAAAAAGACUAAGUCGCAGUCCCAACGAGAGUCUCCCUGGAAAACUUCCCUUCGGUCCUCCACCCCGUGAAGACUCCAGGCUCCGGCUCGGAGCCGCCCCGCCCCCACCGCCACCAUUGAGCCCAACAGCUGGAGCGGCAGCGAGAGUCCUGCCGAGAACCUCGAAAGGAUGAGCGACUCGGCCGACAAGCCCAUCGACAACGACGCCGAGGGCGUCUGGAGCCCUGACAUCGAGCAGAGCUUCCAGGAGGCGCUGGCCAUCUACCCGCCCUGUGGGAGGAGGAAAAUCAUCCUCUCCGACGAAGGCAAGAUGUAUGGUAGGAAUGAAUUGAUAGCCAGAUACAUCAAGCUUAGGACAGGGAAGACACGGACCCGGAAACAGGUGUCUAGUCACAUACAGGUCUUAGCCAGGAAGAAAGUUCGAGAAAUCCAAGCCGCCAUUAAGGUAUCUAGUCACAUUCAGGUUCUUGCCAGAAGGAAAUCUCGUGAUUUUCAUUCCAAGCUGAAGGUGACAAGCAUGGAUCAGACGGCGAAGGACAAAGCCCUCCAGCACAUGGCAGCCAUGUCGUCGGCUCAGAUCGUGUCGGCCACGGCGAUCCACAACAAGCUCGGCCUGCCCGGCGUCCCCCGCCCCACGUUUCCUGGAGCUCCAGGGUUCUGGCCGGGGAUGAUACAAACGGGGCAGCCUGGAUCCUCCCAAGACGUCAAACCAUUUGUACAGCAGGCCUAUCCCAUUCAGCCAACCGUCCCAGCCCCCAUCCCAGGAUUUGAGCCCGCAUCGGCCCCAGCACCCUCAGUCCCGGCGUGGCAGGGCCGCUCCAUCGGCACGACCAAACUCCGGCUGGUGGAGUUCUCGGCUUUCCUCGAACAGCAGAGAGACCCGGACUCGUACAACAAACAUCUCUUCGUGCACAUUGGCCACGCCAACCACUCGUACAGUGACCCUUUGCUCGAGUCCGUUGACAUCCGCCAGAUUUACGACAAGUUUCCUGAAAAAAAAGGUGGCUUGAAGGAACUGUUCGGGAAGGGCCCUCAAAACGCUUUCUUCCUCGUCAAAUUCUGGGCGGACUUAAACUGCAACAUCCAAGAUGACGCCGGAGCAUUUUACGGCGUGACCAGUCAGUAUGAGAGCUCGGAAAACAUGACAAUCACCUGCUCCACCAAAGUCUGCUCGUUUGGGAAGCAAGUUGUAGAGAAAGUCGAGACGGAAUACGCGAGGUUCGAGAAUGGUCGGUUCGUGUACAGAAUAAACCGCUCCCCGAUGUGCGAAUACAUGAUUAACUUCAUCCACAAGCUCAAACACUUACCAGAGAAAUACAUGAUGAACAGCGUAUUGGAAAACUUCACGAUCUUGUUGGUGGUAACAAACAGGGAUACCCAAGAAACGCUCCUGUGCAUGGCCUGUGUGUUUGAGGUGUCAAACAGCGAACACGGAGCACAGCACCACAUUUACAGGCUGGUCAAGGACUAGAACAGCUGUUAUUUAUAGACACGCUCCGCCCUCCUGCCCCCUCCCUUUAUUCUCCAGUACAGACUACAAACCUCAACACUCUGUGGCUGAUGGCUAGGCCUCAGCCCCACUUUCUUUCACCCACAGUUUUCUAAACCCUGUUUGAGUGGAGUCGUUUUUAAUGUGUUCCGAUAGAAUCGUAGCUGUGACAUUCUGGUACAGUUGUGAAAACGAUAGAAUUCUUUCUAAAACCAAGGGUUCUUCAGUCACCAGCUGGGAGCCUUUCUCUGUCUUCGCCUCCGGGUGCCCGUUCUAAUUGGGAUUUAAACAAAAAAAAGAAAGAAGAAGAAAAGACCGAGAAUUUACCAUGGAAAAUUUCCAGCAUUUAAAAGAAUUGAUUGCGUUUUCCCCUACCCCACCUAAAAUACUCGUUUUCACGAGGCAGAUGGAGUUGAAGUGAGUCGUUCGAUAUCAAUUUAAUGCACUCACAAAGUUCAGAAUCUUUAGAGUUAUCUUUGUAACUAAUUAGGGUGAAAGUUAGGGACGAAUGUAAGUCAUCACUAAAUUAUUUUAAAAUGCAGCAUUUUUUUUUCCGGUGGAAACCAAAUGUUAAAAUCUAGCCUUAAGGAAUGCCUGCUAGAAAGAUCAUAACAAGGCCAAUUUGUGUUGUUCUUCAACAUUAAAACUAACCCUCUAAUCCAUUAAA